AACUCCCGCGAUGUGUUUCUCAGGGUUGGUCAGAUGGCCUUCAGAGGAGUGUCCGAGAAGAAGAUUGUGUUUACAGAUGGAGAUUUGAUCAAGUACAAUCUGCAGUCUUCCCAGUUCCUGUCCGGGUUCCUGAUGGAGCUUUUGGAGAGAGAGGAUUCUGCCCGGGGCAUAGUGUACACAUUCCCACACCUCACCAUCCAAGAGUUUGUAGCUGCAGUCGCACAAUUCCUGAAUCCACAUCCCGGGGAUAUCCUGAUAUUCCUUACUGAAGCCCACAACACGACAGAUGGGCGAUUUGAAGUAUUUCUCCGUUUUGUUGCUGGUCUUUCCUCCCCAAUGAUAGCUCGGGGCCUGGAGGAGUUUCUGGGUCCAUUUACUCAUGAAACAACCUGCCGGGUGAUUGACUGGGUGAAGGAGGAGGUUAAACGCCAGAGUGGAAACACGAGGAGUGAAUCUGGUAAAAGGAGCCUCCUGAACAUAUUGCACUACCUGUUUGAGUCUCAGAAUCGUGGACUGGCUCAGGCCGCACUGCGAUCUGUGGAAACACUUUCAUUCAGUGGAAUCACACUAACCCCGAUUGACUGCGCGGUCCUGUCUCAUGUCAUCGGACUCUGUGAUACAAUAAAAUACCUCAACCUAGAGUACUGCCACAUUCAGUGUGAAGGAACCCAGCGGCUGGGACCCGGGUUGUACAAGUGCCGGGAGUUGAGACUUGGGGGGAAUCAGCUGGGAGAUUCAGGACUGAAACUGGUGUCUGCGGCUCUGAGGAACCCCGAGUGUAAAAUACAGAAACUGCGGCUGGACAAUGUCGGUCUCACAGAUUCUGGUGCCGAGGAACUCGCCUCAGCUCUCAGUACAAACCCAUUACUGUCGGAGCUGGACCUGAGUUUUAAUAAACUGGGAGAUUCAGGAGUGAAACUGGUGUCUGUGGCUCUGAGGAAUCCGGAGUGUAAAAUACAGACACUGUGGCUGACCCAUGUCGGUCUCACCGAUACGAGUGCCAAGGAUCUCGUCUCCGCUCUCAGUACAAACCCAUCACUGACGGAGCUGUACCUUAGUGAUAAUAAACUGGGAGAUUCAGGAGUGAAACUGGUGUCUAUGGCUCUGAGGAACCCGGAGUGUAAAAUACAGGCUCUGCGUCUGGGGAGUGUCGGUCUCACAGAUUCUGGUGUCGAGGAUCUCGUCUCCGCUCUCAGUACAAAACCAUCACUGACGUGGCUGAACUUGGGAUCAAACUCGCUGACAGACCGAUCUGUCCCCGCUCUCCGCCACCUCAUACUGACCCUCCCGAGUCUGGAGUGGAUCGGGCUGCACUGGAAUCGGUUCAGUGAGGCCGAGGGGAAUAAACUGAGAUCUUUGCGGGGACUCAGACCCGGACUGAUAGUAGUGGAUCUGUGAACAUCUGGCCUUUAACCUUUAUCUUACCUGGAACCCAGACCCGGACUGAUGGUGGAUCUGUGAUCCUGUGAACAUCUGAAUGUGUGAACAUCCCCGCUCGCGGGAUGGGGACAUUUUGACAGAUUCCACACCCUCCAUUUUAACUCCCGCCGUUACAUUUAAUGGCCGUGAUCCAGGUGUGAUUCCCAACGGUUUUAACGGAACUGGCUCCAGUCUCGCGCUGUGUGUUGUUCGUUGUGAUCCUGCACUGACGUAUAUCUCCUCCGGUCCAGCACCAGCUUCCGCCGGAUGUGCGGGUUCAAGACUCCCCCACGCGAGACCCCGGGGUAUUACACAGGCAGGAAGAACCCGGGGGCGGGGCUUAGUCUGGGACACCGGUAUCCCAGGGUGGGAUUAUCCCCGGAGAGAAUCCUUUUGCUCCCUUUGCUGAGGACGGUGCAUUCUGCAGCCUGGCCGAUAUAAUGAUGUUAAAUGGACAAAUCCCUCGGCAGUGACCCUGGAUCUGCAGCGAUCCCGGACACGGCCCUGAAGUGUGAUUUGAUAAUCAUCGGUUCCCCGAUGCAGAGUGACGGUGAGAAACGGGACUGAUUAUUCAACCGGUCAAUCGUUGUCGCCGGCCAGUUAAUUGUGUGUGAGUGUGAGUGAGUCGGGAGCAGCUUAUUUAUUCCCGCACGUCAGCAGCUCACUCGUUGUUUAAUUUAUAUUUGUCAUGAUGAAAUCAAUAAACCGCUGUAACUUUC